CUUACUUUCUCUGUUUUUAUGUGGUUUAAUUUUCACGAUGAUCUGAACCUCAGAAGACUGUCAGUGAACUUGUACACUUUUCUUCGCUCUUCCCGUAUGCUGAAUGAUGGCGAAAGAUAGUGCAAAGGCAACAGGAGCCUGGAUCGAGGCAAUGAUCCUGAGCUACGGCUCCCAGGACAUCUGGCCAAGGGUCAAAGCCCGUAUUUUAAGGAUCAGCAAACCGCUCAAUUUGCAGACGAAGCUGCUGGAGACAUCAGGACACUUGAUGUUUGUGUCUGAUGACAUGGUACAGAUUCCAGGGAUCCUCACAGCAGAAGCAUGGAAGAAACUGCAGAAGACAGAAGAGCGUGAGUCGCUGAUGAGCCUCAGUAACUCCGCUGUCUUGCUGUGCCGAUACAGUGUGAUGUUUCAUGCAGAGCCAGAGGAGGAUAAAUCCCAUUUCUUCAUAAACAUUGAGGAAAUGAUCAGCUUGGCAUCUGACCCAAUCAGGUGUAACAUUCCCAAGUGCACCACACUGCAUACAGUCAGACGGAAGAUUCAUGAAGCUUGGCGGGCUCAGCAGGGCGAUCGUUUGGCCGCUGUCACGGACACACAGUCAGGGUUAUAUCUGACUGAUCUAAUGACCGAGUGGCGCAAGGACAAGAUGAGGUUCCUGCUGAAUGAUGCAGCCAGCUGUCUGCAGGCCCCCUACUGCCCCUCGAGCCCACAGCCCUCCACCUCCUGGCAGACCCCUAUACCUAUGUUGCUCCACCUACACCUGAACACUGGCUGGGAUGUGGACAGAGUGCAGUACAAGGGUGUUGACCCCUUCGUCGUUCCCUCCUCUCUCCUUCACAUCCCUGAGGAACAGAGGCAGAGCCUUGUCACACAGCCAGGGGCAGUAGAGGUGAGGGAGGAGCUGAGUCAUGUGACCUCAGCAUGUGGGUAUAGCCCUCAGGACGACCCAGCUGCUGGCAGAGACGGACACACUGCAAACAAUGCAGAGGACCUGGAAUCGUCUCUCCUGUGCGAGGAUCUGCAGGAUGAGCAGCCUGCCAACCCCUGGGACAUGUUUGGCUCGGCCGGCAUUGACACAUCCUUGCUGCUCCCUACUCAGGUUAUGACAGAGUCUGUGGCCCGGGACGAAGUCUCUCUGGAUGACAUACCCAGUGCUGCUGUCUCAUGUGCUGGACCACCCAGAGCAGUGAGCACACAGACCCCCUUUGGGGACAGUGAGGAGCUCUUCACACCUUCAGACUCCAGUAGUAAGUGGAAGGACAAUGUCAGUGUAGGGCCCCUUUGGAACCUCUCUAGGGCUGCCCACUCAGCAACAGGCCCCCCUUCCCUGCCCUUACCCUUGUCCCUGCAACAGUCAGAAGACCACAGUCUACUGCCAUAUCAGAGACCCCACCUAUCCAGCUCCUCCUCCUCCAGUGGAGAGCCUUGUAUCAGUGCCUCCCAGGCUGUGGAGAACAAAGGCCCAGUUAGGAGAAGUUUCUGCAAAGCUAACAAGGGGCAGCAGACUCUUCCAGAGAAAGAUGCCAGAACUCAGGGUGGAUCUGCAGAGGUACCUGGGGCCAGGAGCCUGAGGCCAUGGCUACUGGGGACACCAGCCUGCUAUAGGACCCCAAGGUUGGGGCUGAGAGCGCAGAACCAGCAACCCAGCCGAGUCGCACCUCGACCUAACCUUGUCAGGGUCCAUGCAGACGGAACUCCUUUCUCCUACACCUACCAGUCCACAGCACUGGUUGCAGAAGCUCUGUGCUCCUUCAACAUUCCUGAUGAGCUACUGCAGUGGUCGGUCCGUUACCUAGCCCACCAUAAACUCAAGAAGAUCACCAGCUGACCACCUCCCAGGAACAGGUGUUUGCUUCCACCAGGUCACAAGAUGGCGGUACAUUAACCAGCUCUUUGCAGAUCCUGACUUUUUAUUUGUUGUCAUAUUUAUCUUUCAUGUUUGUAAGUCCUCGGGUGCAGUUGGUUCUGAGAGCUUUGGAUGGCUCUGUUCUUCCUUGAACUGUUCUGUGCUGCUGGGUCAGUGGGAGUCAUAGUUUCCUUGAGAGAUUUAACUUUUGUGGAAUUAUGGGAGUCUGUAGUGUUUCUCAGGAUCUGUAGGGGCUCUCACUGUACCUCUGUCAGGCUGGACAUCAUCCACAGCAUUCAUGUUCUUCUGUCUGAGCACCAUGUGACUUUGCAUAAAUCACUUGGCUCAGUUAAAUCAGCCAGCCACUGAUGGAGGAGCAGUGCCACUUAUGUUUUACUGCUGAAUAAAAUUUGUGUUUGUUCUUCAAGGUUACUACUAAGCUCCACAGGAGACUGUCUGCCUCACUUGUCCCCGUUUCACCUGUGGUUCUGCUGUACCACAUUGUGCUCGUUCUGGAAUUUGGCUUUUCACUGCCAGUGUUUGUAGUUCUCACAUUUUCCUUCAAAACUACUUAUAGUGUGAGGUUGGUACACUGAACUGCAUAGACUGGUUUACCCAUUUAUACAGCAGGGUGAUUUUUACUGUAUCCAUUCAGUGUAAGUACCUUGCUCAAAGACUCUUCAGCAGGACCAAGGAUUCAGACCAGGUUAUAGUUCUAACCACUGCAUCCCUUGCUGCCCCUGGAGUGUA